CGCACCUGUGCUGCGGGGCUCCGGGGGGAGGAUGCUAGGGGGAACCCGGGCCCCGGAGCAGCUGCGCGCCCCGCCCCGCGGGCUCCUCCCUGCCGCCGCGGCCCCCCGGCUGCUGCCCCGAUGCGCUGCGCCGCGAGCUGGGGCCAAGUCGCCGCCGCAGCUGCAGGGGCGCCCGGGCUGGGUGACGCCGCCGCCGCCCGCGCCCCUCCCAGACCCCGCCGGCCGCAUGGAGCCCCCGGAGGGCGCCGGCCCGGGAGAAGCCGUUCAGGAGGUGGAGGGACCACAGGCAGCCCUGGGCACCCUGGCCCAUGGGGCAGGGGAGAGCUACCGCCCACCCACGGCCGAGGAGGAGGUGGGCAUCCCAACACCAGCCCCGGGGCUCCUGCAGGUCACAGAGAGGAGGCAGCCCCUGAGCAGCGUCUCCUCCCUGGAGGUACACUUUGACCUCCUGGACCUCACCGAGCUGACCGACAUGUCUGACCAGGAGCUGGCCGAGGUCUUUGCUGACUCAGACGACGAGAGCCUGGCCGGUGAAUCGCCAGCAGGCCUGCACCCACUGCCCCGGGCCGGCUGUCUGCGCUCCCCCUCCUGGACACGAACCAGGGCUGAGCAGAACCGAGAGAAGCAACCGCUUGGUGACCCGGAGCGCCAGCCAGCAAUUGUGGACACAUUUCUCACCGUGGAGAGGCCCAAGGAGGACUAGGCCAGCUGGCCUUGGGGCCAGGGCAGUGCAAAUCUGGACAGUUCUGACCCCACGGACACUCUGCCCACUCCAAGUGGCUCUGGGCCAGGUUCUCGGGGCACCCCAGCACAAGCACAGCCCAGUGGCCUUACGUCCCCGCUCCUUUCCAGUCCCUGAUCAGGGACCACAGCGCCUGAGGAUGAGGUGGGAGUGGCCUAGGCCUCUUGGAAACUUCUGUCUGCAGGACUGGUGCUCUCAUCUGCCACAAGAUUCCCAAGUGGGUGCGGGGUAAGGGUGACCGAAGCCAGAGAGAGCUUCUCUGCAAAACCCCCGAGGAUCUCAGGGUUCCGGUCUGGGAAUGGCUACACCACGCUCCAGCCCAUGGGAUGCUCUGCUACCCAGCCAAGAAUGUGGGUAGGGGAGUCCGUCCUCAACAACGCCACCUUCCUUUCAAUCCCAUCCUCUUCUUGGCACCAGGACCUCCUACCCAGGCCCUGAGACCCUGCUUGUCAUAGUUCCUGUGUGACAGCCCAGGCCACCGUCCUCAGCUCAGAACACCAAAUAUGGCACGACUGCCUCAGACCAUGGGUGGGGGGGAGUGGGCAGGGGGACACACCCCCACAGCCUGUCACGCAAACGCACACAGAGGCAUGCACAGUCCUGGGUCUGUGCCCUUAGAUGCCGUCCUGGCCUGGGGUAGUGCAGCCUGAGGGAGACUGGGAACAUGAGGGGACCACGGCACGGCCCCCCAGCCCCCGACUUAAGGGCACCAGGCUUAGCUGCUCCCACUGCUGCUUUCUAUGACCUAAGGGACUGAAGAGGCUCUGCUCUGACAGCAAGUCCAAGAACAGUUUUAAAAUAAAUGUGAAAGUUUGCUUCUGGUCCCCAGGCCAACCCACCCUGACCCAUUCCCCACUCAAACAUUUCUAGGGAAGGAACACCUGCUCUCCUGUAGCCCUGGGCGUGGCCCUAGACCCGCUGUGCUAGAGGCAAGCUCCCCGCUGAGAAAACCGGCCUCAGAAAUGCUGAGGGACGGUGCCUGCUCCCUCUAUACGAUGAGCCCCAACUCAUCGUAAACGAUGUUUACCAGGCACCACCCCGAAGUUCACUUAAAAUCAACUCCCCUGAGGGCAGCUGCAUGCCCCACCCACCCCACCCACCAGGAUCAUGCUCCCCAUCUCCAAGCCUUCCUGCUACGGCUUCCUUCCGCAGAGCUUAAUAUUUACACAAGAUCAGAUUAAAAUCUCAUCUCUUCCUAAGGCCCAAGCACGGUCUCUUCCGUUCCAGGUGACACCAGCAUUCAGGAGUGUGUAUUGGGGGGUGGGGGUGGGGUUGGCUGCUCUAGGAGCCUGCUCUGGUCUUCCUCCAGCUGAAGCCACCGGGGGCUCCUCUGGGCUGCUCAUGUGGGCCAUGUCUCCAGGACAAGUGCCCUGGAUUUCUAGGCCUUAGGAAGUGAAGAUCCUGUCCCCCACCCCAAGCCCAGGCCCAGGCCCGGAAAAGCACAAGGUGCACUCUGGCGAGUCUUUCCAGCCCAGGCAGGUUCCCAGGAAGCUCCAGGCCCAGAGCAGCAGCUUGU